AUUCUUCACCAUCCUCAUCUUGCUCUUUCAAUUUCUUGCUUCUAUCUUCUUUCUUCAUCAUCAUGACACUUUUUGGUAGAAUCAGCACUGAAAUUGGGGUUCAUUCAACUGCUGAAAAGUGGUACAACCUCUUCGCAAAAAGCCUCCAUGAUGUCCAACACCUAACUGAUAGUGUUCAUGGAACCCAGCUGCAUCAGGGUGAAGACUGGCAUCACCAUGAGACCAUCAAACACUGGACUUAUAAAAUAGAUGGAAAGGUUGUAAAAUGUCAUGAGAAGAUUGAAUCUAUUGAUGAAGAGAAGAAAACAAUCUAUUACAAGCUCUUCGGUGAAGACAUAGACCACAGGUUUAAGGUGUUUAACCUCGUAUUUCAAGCAAUUGAUAAGGAGAACGGUGGUGCUAUUAUCAAAUGGACCAUUGAAUAUGAGAAACUUAAUGAAGAAGUUCAUCCUCCAUAUGGCUACAUCGAAUACCUGCACAACUGCACCAGAGAUAUUGAUGGUAAUCUUGUGAAGGCAUAACUCCAAGAAGAAAUUUAAAGUAAAAGAAGAAAUAAUGGAGUUAUUGGCCCUUAGAAUAAUGGUUGUGAUGUUCGAGGAGUGUUCUUAUUAUCAUGUAGGUCCUUUGUUUGAAUGGAAUAAAUUUGCAUGAACAUGUCAGUGCUUUGAAGUGUGUAAUGCUGCAUGUGAUGCAUAUAAAUGAAUAUGUAUGCUUUGCAAUAUAAAAGUGCUUCUUUUUGA